AUGAAGACAUCAGCUGCUAUCGCUUUCACCUUAUUCGGAAUCGCUACUGCGAAUCCUAUCGUCACUUCUUCCAAGUACAAGAGAGCAGACUUGGCAGGAUUGGAUUUCGAGAUUAUUAACCUUGCACGAAAUCUUGAAUCACUCGAAUUGAACUAUUGGAAUCAAGGAUUAGCCAAUUUUACCGAUGAUGAUUUCAACAAUGCGGGAUACCAAGGAUUCAGACAAUAUCUAGAACUGUUCAGAGAUCAAGAAAUCGCCCAUUUCACUGUCCUCAAUGAAGCUGCUGGAGGUGGAUUCAAGAAUUGCACUUAUAAAUUCCCUGUUACUACUCCAUAUGAUUUGUUAUCCGUCGGUCAGGUAGUGACUACAGUUGGUGAAGGUGCUUUCAUCGGUGGUGUCGCCAACCUCACCAGUAGCCCUGCUAGACUGACUGGAGCAUCUAUCUUGGGUAACGAAGCUAGGCAAAAUUCAUUGUUAAGACAAUAUUUAGGUCUUGACUAUUUCAACGCUGUAAACUUCGAUACUCCAUUGACAGCUUCUCAAGCCUAUUCAUUGGCCGAACCGUUCUUGGAUUGCCCAUCGUCUAACCCACCUAUCAACUUCCACUUAAUCCCACCACUCAUGGCAAACUUCACCAGCGGUGCAACCCCCCAUAGUGCAGGUGACGAAAUCACCGUCAUGUGGGAGAGUAGCAAAGUCUACCUCGGUAACGAUGUUCACAUCACUUUCUUAGCUGAUAUGUACUCCAUUCCUUGUCCUUUGACUCAGUCAGGCGAUGGUAUGGGUACCGUCACUCUACCCAAAGGUAUCAACGGUACUUCCGUCUUGGUCGCCACCAACUUCAACGGCGGAGGUCCCAUCCCAGACAAACAAAAUUUCGCCAUUGGUUACGUCGUAGUUGCCUAG